UUUUGUAAUAAAUAUGGAAGUUGAAAACAAAUAAAAUAAAUGCAAUAUGUGCGUGAAAUUACUUCUACUGGGUAUUACUGUCUUUGUGACCAUUUUGAACAAAUCUGCCAAUGCCAAUAGUAAAUGCUAUCUCGCUAAAAUUUGUAUUCACAACGGCAAAGAGAAAUGUGGCCAGGAUAUGAAGGGCAAAGUUCAGAGAUUCUUGGAUUCCUGUGAUAUGAAAGAGUAUAACUGUUUGAAGAAUGCUAGUUUUGCAAAAACCAACGCCAAAAAUUGUUGGCAUUUACCGCCAAUUGAUAAGAAACUUUCAGCGGAUGAUAAAGAAAAUGAUAUUGAUGAUGAUGGUAGUGAAAAUAAAGCUAACGUAAAUGAAUCAAAAGGUGAUGAUGAUGAAGCAAAUGAAGCAAGUAACGUAGAUGAAGACCUUACAGAAAGUAAAGAGAAUAAAUAUGACCGAGCAAGUCAAGAGAUUGAAGUAAGUAAUGGGGACGGAGUUGAUUCAGAAAGUAAAGAAGAUGCAUCUGGUGAAGCAAGUAAAAUAGACGACGAUGAUGAAGUAAGUAGAGAGGAAAUAAAACAUGAAUCAGAUAAAGAGAAUGCAUUCACUAGAGAAAGUAAAGAAGAUGGAGCCGACAAAGUUCGUAAAGAAGAUAAUACUAGCGGAGCAAAUAAAGAGCAAGUUGAUGAUGCAGACGAUGUAAGCGAAGCUGUUGGUGAAACAGAAAUGGAUGCAGUCGAUGCAUCAAGCCAAAACGAUAAAAUCGACAAUGACAAUAUAGAUGAAUCCAAUGGUGGUGAUGGUGAUGACGAAGCUGAUCAAGCAAGUAAAGUAGAUAGAACUGAUGAACCUAGCAAAGAAGACGAAGGAAAGGGUUCAAACCAAGAAAAUAAAGCAGAGAAAUUAUAUUAUGGAUUACAAGAAGAAAAUAUGGACACUUCAGACGAGGUUGAUUGAAAUGAAAGUAACAAGAGAUACAAGAAUGAAUACUUUUAAGCAUGAAACAAAAUAAAUGAUAGUAAAAUUAUUUUAUUGUUUAUAUAAUUAUUAUGCUUAAAGAUUUGUUCAUGUAAUAAAAUUAGGACGUCCAAAGAUAGGUCUAAAACUUUUAAAUAAAUAUAUGAAAAUAAUAGUU